CAAAGCAAAGAAGCAGUCUCUCGAUCUAUUCCCUCAGCCAGCGCCGGCGAAACAUCUUCCGCCCCCGUCGCCACCUCGGAAGAGAAGGGCGUCUUCCUCCCCACUCCAUCCUUUUACUCGUACCGAACCUGCGCGGAGCGGGCAUCCAUCCGGUCCCGAUCCCUUUUCUUGGUGUUUGGUCUCGGGGAGAAAUGGACCCUCCGGCAGCAGAUCCUGGACCAGCCAAGGCUGAAGCUGUUGGACCUCAGGGGGAAAUGGAUCUUCCGGUCGCCGAUCCUGGACCGGUGAGGAAUGAAAGUGAGCUUGUCCAGUGUCCGUACUGCGAUUCCGAAGCUAUGCACAAGCUAGCGCAGUUCUUGCUCCCUGGCCUGGCCGCGGUCUGCGUCGACAGCACAACUGGUGAUCUGUUCAGGAGUCCAUCUGCCGUUGCUGUUGACCUCAGGAAGGAAAUGGUGGACCACAUCACACAGAAGAGUGAGACCUUCAUAGCCGAUGCUCUCAUCGAAUCGGAAGCAAACCAAAACCCUGAGAAUGAAAUGCCAGAUGACCCUUAUGAGAUCGUGUCCAUCUUCAUGGACGAUUUCAGUAGCACGAAAAGGAACAUCAUUGGACAUGUCUCUGGCUGGUUGUUGAGCGACAGCCGUGACGACAAGAUCGAUGACUUUGUGCAAGAGAUGGAGAUGACCAAGUUCUGGCCGCUAGAAAGAAGAGAAGCUAUCGCCGAAGUCCUCCUCAAGAAUGUGGACUUGAAAACCAAGUUCCACUGCCCUGAGAAAUACGAAAAUGAAGAACGCCUUGCUGAUCACAAGGCACAGUGUAGCUUCAGGCCCGUCAUUUGCCCAAACGAGGGAUGCCGCGCAAAGGUUUCGGUCCGUUGCAUGCAGGAUCAUGACGCGGCUUGCCUGUUCAAGAUCAUCCAGUGCGAGCAGAACUGCGAGAAACGCCUCCUGAGGCGUGAUAUGGACAGGCACUGCGUUACUGUCUGCGCCAUGAGGCCCAUGAAGUGCCCUUUUGGCUGUGAUUCUUCCUUCCCUGAAACUAAUCUUGGGGAGCACUGUUCAGAGAGUCUCCAGCUACACCUGCUAAAGGUCCUUCAGGCGAUUCACAAGAAAGGUUUUACAGCCGAUGAGCUCAAAGACCGUGCUCUACAGCUGGAGAAGUCUGAUGAUCAUGGUAAACUGGCUAAAGCUCGGGACUCGAGAUCUCUUACUACUAUUGUGAAGGAUCUUGAAGCAAAGAUGAAAUCAUCAAGUUAGCUUGAAGGAUCUUUUAUAUACAAGAAAAGCGGCCUGGAUAUUGGCAUGGUUUAGUUGCAGGGUUGAUUCCACACAAAGUAUAUAGAGAAGAGAUAUAAAGUUCCUUAUUAUUUUCCUAUCACAGCUUUUUUUUCCUCACCAUUUUGCUCACAAUCAAUUCAGUUAUUUUUCUUUAUUUGUUUUUAUCUAGAGGGAAAUCAAUUCAGUUAUUUUUCUUUAUUUGUUUUUAUCUAGAGGGAAAUCAAUUCAGUUUUUGAGAUGUAAAGUUUGCUUUUG